CAUACCUCGUACUGACGACGAACAAGAACAACGAAGUAGCAGGAGUCUAUGUUGGGCGAACAAACUCAUUGCAAAGAAGAAUGAAAGAUCAUCAAAUCAAUCUUGCCAUCGCAACACAUACCUCAGAUUCUUUUGCGCACAUCGAAUCGCAUUUCUAUCAAUCUGCGGCCCGCGAGCUUCAUCACGGCGGAGAGCUGUAUUUCAUCGCGGCAAACAUUUUUCCCAUAACAUCACAGGACGCACAUGACCAUGUUGCAGUAUUUGAAGCUUUGCUCUCUUGCAUCACGGGCAGUUUCCAACUGAAAGAAGCUUUUCUGGAAUUUCGUGCCGGUUUUGGCAUGCCACUGGUCAGCUUCAUUGGUUACAACUCUACCCCUUGUAUGGAGAGACCGGAACGCUUCAACCAAUACGCCGAAAAUGUGGCAAACCCCACUCUUUCCCCAAUGAUACUUGAACUCCGCAAUUUAUAUCUUCGGUACGGAUUAAUCUGCUCCGCAAGCAAGACUGUAGCUGCUCAUGCUGCAAGGCAUGACGAUCAAAAAAAGGAGAUAGAACAAGACUACCGCCACAAGCAUGCUGCGUAUAUGAUGGAGGUAGCAAGAUUGCUAAAAAAUGGCGAAUACAUGUUGAGGCUAGUGAGAAAACAAAACCGUGAACCGAGACAAGCGUACUAUAGCUGGAUAGCAACCAAUUUGACCGAUAUAUUAUUACCACGAAAGCAAAUGGAAAACAUCCUGCAGUCAGCGAAUGUCAGUAACUACAGUGGAUUACCUUUGUUUGUAUCUCUUCAAUUGCUCGUCGGAGAUCCAGAUUCAGCGAGUGACGUAUUUCUCGGCACUUCACCGAAAUACGGUGAGAUCUAUGGCGGGUUGAAGCUUUAUCUGAAAGAUUUGGAUCUCUUUCUGCAAUUUGAAACUGUUUUCCAUCGAAGAAAAUGGCAAUUGCGUUUGGCAGAAAGGUUGCUUCAUUGCUGCUCUAACAAGGAAGCCGAGAGACGCAUCACUCUCCUUAGAGAGAAACAAAAGGUGUCGUCAAAUAUCGUGACUGAAAACAGCAAUUACAGGGAGUUGAUCGAGGGUGAACUUCCAGUUUCAGUUCAAGGCAAGACAGUCGUUGAGCGUCCAAAAAAUGAGAUGAAAAUCACGUUCCCAGUGUCACCACAGACAAGAAAGUACUUAGAACGAGAUACAGGGAAGAAAGAAUUUUACUUUGUUAAGCUUGUAUUCGGCUCUUCUUGCCCUUUGUGGGAUGGAACUGGCUUCCCAGAAGAGGUGAGUAGCCCUCUUAGGGGAGUGGGCUUGUCGCUGUAUUCCUUCAGUUCGAAUACAUGGAUUCCAAUAUCAGCAAAUUUUCGCUUCAGAUACGUCGUUUCACGUUUGACUGCAUUCGCUAGCCAAGCAGCUAUCGUUGCAAGACAGUCGAUUACAUAUCAUAGCGAUCGAAAUGCCCCAAACCAUUUUUCUGAGCCUGAAUCAGACGAGGAGGAAGAUUAACCAGCAUUUCAGAUUUUUCAAAGAACUUUGCCUUCAACAGGGUAUUCGCCAAGGAUUGGUGUACGAGGUCAACGAACACCUACAAUUCUCAUUCCACGAAGGAUGCUAAGGAUGUGGUUUCCAGAUGGAACCUACCCACAAGGG